AUGGCGGAGGCGGACGAUAUCGACAUGAUGAUGAAUUACCACGGGGACUUUUUAAAAAGCGACAGAAAAAGCAGCCGCUACCCCUACUGCAUUGUCUGGACACCCAUUCCUAUUUUAUCGUGGGUGCUCCCCUUCAUUGGUCACAUGGGUAUAUGCACCUCUUCUGGAGUCAUACGAGAUUUUGCAGGAUCAUACUUUGUCUCGGAGGACAACAUGGGCUUUGGUAGACCGACCAAGUAUUGGAAGCUUGAUGUGGACAAAGUCUGUGGUAACGGAGCUGCCACAUGGGACAAAGCAGUACAUGAUGCGUCUGAGGAAUACAAAUGUAGGCCGCACAAUCUAUGCUUUGAUAACUGCCAUUCCCACGUUGCCAUGGCCCUGAACCUUAUGCGCUACGACAACAGUACUUCUUGGAACAUGGUGAACCUGUGUGCGCUCUCUCUCCUUAAUGGAAAACAUGUCAGCUGGGCAGCGUUCCUCAAGACCUGGCUGCCCUUCCUCAUGUUGUGUGGAGUCCUCGCCACCUUCAUCCUAACACUCAACCUACAGUAAUGGAGCAAGCAGCACGAAGGGAUGACUCAAAGACUUUGGUUAUACUUUAUCGAUUGUCACUGACGUGAAUGAAGUGGUUUGAUGGGACUUCUGAAGGACUUCAUUGUCUGUAGUGAUCUAGUCUCUAGCAGGGUAACUGAGGGCAAAGCCUAGCUGUCUGUGGGUAGUUCUGAAAUCCCAAAAUUAUUGUACUUUUUAUUUAUGUAUUUAUUUAUGUAUUUAUGAAUUAGUAAGGUGUGUAAGCUACAGUAUCUACAAAACAGUUCAUUCACAUAGUGGGUUCUAUGUUUUUGUUUUGCUUAUUGAGAAGAUUACGAUGGAAGAUUACACUACAGCAGAGCAAUGCUGGUGAGUUCCACUGAUGUAUUUUACAUGGAUGGCAAUGAUGAAUGUGUUUCCAGUCUGGCUAAUGUACAUUUCAGUGAUGAAUGGCAUCCAAAAUGGACCACGAAAUCUUAAUGCUGAAAUAUAUUCAUCAAUUAUUUGUCUAAGAGAUAUGAGCCGCUACCAAAGAUAGAAUGAUGUAGGACCCACAUGUGAAAAAUAGUGAUAUUAUCCUGUAAAAAUGUGUCCUCCCUUCAAUCCACUUUCCUCUGUCGUAUAAAAAAAAUGAAGUGUUUUUUCUUUUUCUUUUUUUCUUUAUUGCUUGCUUUUCUCCAGACAGAAACUGAAUGCUUUCAAACCAUACAUCCUCAUGCUGGAAUGUUAUUAUUACUGCCGAUUUAUACAAAGUAUGAGCAAUAGUACAUUACAUUGUUGUAUAUCAUUUAUUUUGUUGUUUUCAAUGCUGUGCACCUGAAAGAGUAUUAUUUAUUGUUGUAUAUCUUUCUAUCAGUUUAAUAUUUCUUUUGUUGUGGAUUUUCUUUGGAUGUGCUGUAGCCUUUUAUACAUCUCCCCUGUCAGACUGUGGUGUAGGUCACAGGCAGUGGAUGCCCUAAUCGUCCUCUGUACCUUUAAGGGAACCACGUACCUUUUUCAUCCAACAGAUUCUGCGUGAUAUGAACUACCAUCAGUUUACUGGAACCUUUAUUCCCAGAGUGGAACAGAUGAGGGACUGAUGCUGGAGCAGUCUUUGCCGCCUCUGCUUUAUUUGAUUAGUUUGUGAGAACAAAAGCUUUGCAUAAAAGUUAGAAUUUGACUUAUAAAUUCACAUGGAAUCAAGUUUUUUUUCUGCUAUAAUUUAUACUCUUGUGUGUUAAAAAUUUUUUUGAC